AUGAAACCCGAAGACGAUCAGCACCCCCUGGAACCCCUGAUCAUCAACCACUUGAAGGAGGCGCCGGAUUCCGCCUCGGGCGCCAAUGCCAGUCAUGCCAAUAAUGACGACCAUGUGCAUGUCACGGUCGAGAACAACCAGCUCUCUCUUCGACAGGCUCCGCGACGCAUUCUUUUCAAGACUCUGUCCCUGAUGCGGCCAGGCCAUGCAUCUCGGAUAGGCAAGCGCAUCGCCUACUGCUUCGUACCUCAACUCUUGCGAUCCAACAUCUGGGACGACGCUGCGCCCAAGCCGAAGCAUUUCUCGACCAGCUACCUCAAUGGCCUACGAGGCAUCACCUCGGUCAAAGUCUUCACCUUUCAUUACACCUUUGCCUUCAGCGACUUCGGCUUUCAGCCCUGGGGCACCGACGACCGCCAUCGGUACUUUCUCGAGCUCCCCAUCAUCCGCUACUUCUACGCGGGCUUCACCGCCCAUAUUUUCUUCGGCCUUGCCGGCUACUUGACCACCUUGCGGCUCUUUCAGUUGAUCGACAAGCAUGACCAGGCUUCUCGCUCUCAGGUGCUGGUCAAUGUCUCGGGCGCUCUGUUCCGUCGCGCCUUCAGGCUCUACCUGCCGACGUUGAUUGUCACUCUGAUCACGGCGCACUACAUCUACUUUGGCCUGUACGAGUCCAAUCGACCCUUCCUGCUCGACCAUGCCAAACUCUUCCCCGGAGAGUGGAACGAGCCGAAGCCGGAACAGUUUGCCACCUACUACGGACAGCUGCACAAUUGGGCGCGAGAAAUGUUCGACCUGACCAACAUUUUCGCCCCGGGCGCUGUCUACCCGUACCAUGACCAGCACCUAUGGUCCAUCCUGGCGGAAAUGAAAGGCUCGUUGUUCCUGUAUGUCGUCGUGAUUGCCACGGCCCAAUGCCACCGACAGAUCCGAUUGAUAAGCUUGUGCGUCAUGACCGUCAUGUUCUUCCUCUGGAAUCAUUGGGAAAUCUGGGUCUACCUUCUAGGUGCCAUCGUCGCCCAGAUCGACCUCUUCCUGACCGAACGGGAGCAAGAUAGAAAAAUGACGCUCACUCCAGACCGGCUCCCACCGUCUCCGCCUCGCUCUCCGGCGCCGGAGGAGAAACGAGCGGAGACAUGGGACGGCUCCGACUCCAGCUCCAGCCCGCGCCGGUUUUUUCGGUCUUUGGCUUCGAUAUCCAUUUUCCGGAAUUUCCAUUCCAUCCUGCGCGCAUUCGGCUUCAUAGUGGCCUUCUACCUUCUGUCCUAUCCUAUCGACGGGUCCCGAGACUAUGCACCAGGAUAUAUGACGCUCAACCGGUUGAUCCCAGAGUGGAUGGACCGUAAGGACAAGUUCUACCCGAACUUCGGGACGGCGCUGCUCCUGCUCCUGCUAGCCCGCUCCGACCCUGUCAAGUCGACGUGGCGACGCAUCCUGAAUAGCGACAUCCCGCAAUACCUGGGUAGGAUCAGUUUCGCCCUCUACCUCGUCCACGGGCCUCUGCUUCACGCGGUCGGAUACAUGAUCCCCCACCGUAUAUGGUGGUCUAUGGGCACUGAGGGCGUCGACACUACCAACGGGCCCUGGAUUUUCGCCAUCCUCGUCGGCUGGUCCAUCAGCUUGGCCGUCUCGUUGUGGGCGGCCGAUGUGUGGACCCGCGAGGUGGAAAGCCGAUGCGUCAAGGCGGUCAAGAAACUCGAGGAGCUGUGUUUUGUGAAGAAAUAA